AUGUCAGAAAAAGCGCGCAAAUUAGAAAAAAAGCAAGAAAGCAAGCAAGCAAGGCAGCAAGCCAUCAAGCAAGCAAGCCAUCAAGCAAGCAAGCCAUCAAGCAGGCAAGCAAGCAAGCCAUCAAGCAAGCAAGCAGGCAAGCAGGCAAGCAGGCAAGCAGGCAAGCCGGCAAGCAGGCACGCAGGCAAGCAGGCACGCAGGCACGCAGGCAAGCAGACAAGUAGGCAAGCAGGCAAGCAGCAGGCAAGCAGGCAAGCAGGCACGCAGGAACGCAGGCAAGCAGGCACGCAGGCAAACAGGCACGCAGGCAAGCAGGCUAGCAGGCACGCAGGCAACCAAGCAAGCAGAUUCCAGGUCAAACUGACACAGAAAUGCGUCAGACUCACCGGGGCUCGGAACCCGGGUCGUUUUUGA